UCAGGGAAAAUGAUGAACUCAAAAACGGGAGAAAGCAAUUACAGAAGUCAAACACAGAAGAACAAGAAACAAAACAAACUGAAAUAGAUAAGCUGAAUAAGGAGCUGAAGAUCCUGCAAGAUAAAAUUGAAAAAUCCAAGAAGAGUCAAAAUGGGACAGAAGAUAACCGUAAAAAAUCUGAGUCGCAGGCAGCAGAUCAACUUAAAAAGAAAACAGAUGAAAUCAGCACGCUGAAGAAAGAACUCGAAGAAUCUAAAAGGACCAUAGAACAGCUCCGCAAAGAAAAGAGUACGGGAGAUGCAACACGCAACAGCAACGCAAAUGUGAAAACAAAAGGUCUGGUUGAAAAAUAUGAGAUGACCGAAAAGGAGUUGAAAAGUGCCAAAGACGAAAUUGAUGAACUGAAAAAUAGGCUCAGCAAGGUAGUUGGAGCUAAUAUAAUGAACGACAAUCCAAAUAUUACUGACCUCAGUGACGAAAAUCGGCCUACUAAAUUGUCGGAGAAAUUUUCUGAGCUUUACGACAAUGAAUGGACUGAUGCAUUUGAAGAAGCCGAAGAUGAGCUGCAAUCAGAAGAGAAGGGUAUCGCCUAUCUCUACAAAACAUUGGAGGAGAUUUUUGGUUUCUGUAAGAAUUUAUCUGCGGAGCAUGCGAAGAAUAUAAAAUCAUGUGUGUUGACUGUCCCGAAUUCAGAAAAUGGCAGACCGAAAUCAGCUCAGAUUGGUGUUACCAGCCUGCGACAACUGAAAGAACUGAGGAAAAGUUUUGCGCCAUACCUAAUAGAUAGCGUAUUCCAGCAUUUUGUCAGUGCAAAAAAGAAAAAGUUAGCAGGAAAGACGAACACAGAAAAGUUUAUGAAGAAAUGUGUAGAAAUCUGUUGGUUAAUGAAUUCUCAGGAUCCACCAGUCAUACUCGAUACGUCACAGAUGAAGGGAAAAGACUUUGAUGGUGACAGGUUCAGGACUUACACUAAAACUGGCAAAGUAGUUGACUAUGUAGUAUGGCCUCCGAUGCUUUUACAUAAAGACGGACCUUUGCUCUGUAAAGGUGUUGCACAAGGCAAAUAAAAGUGAUAUGAAAAUGGAAUUGUUACAGUAACUUUGAAUUAAUACAAUAUCGCAACAAAUAAGAAGACCAUAUUGACAAAAUUGCAAUAUCUAAAUAAAGGCACGAGUAUCAUUACAAAGUAAAACGCAAGUUUAAGAAUUUUUUUAUUGUUUUAUAUCAUAUUCAUACUUAUUAUCAGAAAAUAUGUCUUGUUAAUAUUAUGUAAUGUGCUUUCUAAAGAACUUCUGAACGGGUGACUGAAACGGUUAAUAGAAAAUGAAGUAACGCUCAGCAUUUAACAACACAGAAGGUACACAGUUGCCUUGACCAAGUGUCACAUGUAAAAAUGCUCUUUGUUAAAUGAAAAGUUUGAUAUUGCCGUAAUUAGUUUGAUCGUAUACGCUAUACCUACAUUACUAUUUGCUAUUUUGAAAUACAUUAUUUGACUAAG